AUGGAGAGUUUUCGGGCAAGUCUGGGGUACCUCACUGCCACUGGGAUGAGAGCCCGUGUUUACUGUGAAGACUUUCUGUUCCCAAAGGUGCACAGAACUAUGGCAGCCCUGUGGUGGAUUUACUCCAAACCUGUCCCAGCAGAUGGCAGAGAGCUAUGGACCUUGUUUCUGCAGUGUUCCUGCAUUACAGUAGUGACAGGAGGCCUUUUUUACAACUGGAUGUUUGCUUCCCUGGAGUACUCCUGGCACCUCUCUGUUGCCGUGGCCAUCUCCUUCAGCCUGCUCCUUCUCCUGACUCUCUUUGUGGUGCAUCCUGCCCGUUGUGUCUUCAGCAUGAUCAUGCCCACGUUAGGAACCAAACAGGGCCGGAAGCUUCUCUUCUCGACCUGCAUCAUGAUUGCAGUGGUGAACAUAACACCCAACAUCAUAAGCAACAUUAAAACCAUACUGCAGGUUAUUAAGUGCAUCUGCAAGAAUUCCUCUGACAGCCUUCUGAACUCAACUGCUCUGCUCGACACAGUUUCCUGGGAGUUUGGGGAUGCAAUCCAAGAAACCAUUCAUUCCAUUUAUAAGCCUAUGAAUGGACAUUUUCGCUUUUCAUUGCUUCAGAACAGCUCCUUGAUUUACCAAAAAAUGCACCUUGCUGGUGAGAAAAUUAGCAGAGAGUUCUUGUCUGUUGAGGUACUGGUCAAAGACUCUGUACGAGUAGCCAACAGACUGGCUGCAGGUUUCUUCACACUCUAUCUAUGUUUUGAGUCCACCUGGUAUUUGAAAAAUUAUCUCACCAACCUCCACUUUGACAACUUUUACAUCACCAAGAAGCUGGAGCAUUUAGCUGAGGACAGAAGAGCAGCUCAUCUCCUGGUGGGCUCAUCCAAAAAACUCAUCCGACCAACAGGCUUGAAGCUGUCCUGGGAAGAAGUGGUGCUGUGCCUCGUGCAAGCCAUGCUGGUCACCGUGGCCCUGAUGCUGAUGCUGGUGGUCGUGGCCGUGGACCACUUUGCGUUCAGCGUGGCAGACACGGCGGUGAGAAAGGCAGCUCAGUUCUCUGCAGUGCCCGUCACCCUCAACAUCAAAUACAAGGUUGAAGUAGGGCUCAUGCUCUUUCUAUUCAAAAUGUUGGGGCGUCCUUCCGAGGAAUUACUGCUCAGGGACUUCAACAGGACCUACCACCAUCAUCUGGUCUUCAGCUCUGCCCGCUGCAGGAUCAGCCCUCCCACACCUCCCAACCCCUCUGUGCUGCUCGUUUUGGGGCUGCUCUUCUGCAUCCUGUACACCACCGUGUUCCUGGAGACCUACGCCCGCCGCCUGUGCCGGCAGAUCGCAGCCUCCUUCUUCCCGGGCUGGGAGGAGAGGAGAGUGCUUCACCUGUACAGGAAACUGGCCAGGAGGCACAGCAAGGAGCAAAACUCUGUGAAGGGUGCUGCUUUUGGAAGUCAGGGGAUGCCUGACACCACAGCACAGGUUUCUGCCACAGGAUCGCACAUUUCAUUUUCCAGAGUUGGAGAAGUGUUUGGAGCUUGGGGAAAAAAAUACUAA